CUAGAAUAGAUAUCAACCACGUCUGGCAACCUUAGUACGAUGAUAGACGAAGAAGCGGAUCAAAAGCAAUCAGAAAAAUAAAGCGAGGAGAUAAUUGCGUCGCUGCCGGAAAACAAUUUUUUAAUUAAUAAAUUUUAGUAAAAACGGCUAUUUGUAUUUGUUAAACGACACAUUGUAAAAGAUGAGCAGCCAAAGUCAAUAUAAGCUGCUAUCGUUGACAAAGGCGCGGUGCGAUGAUGUAAAAUUAACAGAACGUUUCUCGGAGCAAAUGGCACAGCUCUGCAUGAACGAUGAUUACUCGGAUGUGACAUUCAUAGUAGAAAAUGAGCGGCUACCAGCGCAUCGCGUGAUUUUGGCGGCACGUAGCGAAUAUUUUCGAGCGCUGCUGUUCGGCGGUCUAUGCGAGUCCCAUCAAAGCGAAAUUGAACUGAAAAUUCCCGUGGAUGCUUUCAAAGCUUUGUUAAAAUACAUAUAUUCAGGUCGUAUGCCACUGGCACAGAUGGAUGAGAACAACAUACUUGAUACUUUGGGAUUGGCAAAUCAGUACGGUUUCAACGAAUUAGAACAUGCAAUAUCGCAAUAUUUGCGACACUAUUUAGCAUUGGAUAAUGUUUGCGCUAUAUUGGAUGCUGCACGUCUCUACAAUUUAGAGAAGCUUACAGAAGUCUGUUUGACAUUUAUGGAUCGCAAUGCAACAGAUAUAUUACAACAUGAAUCCUUCCGAGCGCUGUCUGAGGAAUCGUUGGAAGAAGUUCUCAGACGGGAUUCAUUUUUUGCUCCUGAGGUGGAGAUUUUUUUAGCCGUAUGGGAGUGGUGCAAGUACCACUCAAACAUUAAUAUUGAUUCUGUAGUUUCCUACGUACGUUUGCCAUUAAUGAAUCUCGAAGACUUGCUUCAGGUUGUGCGUCCCUCGGGCAUUUUAGAACCCGACAAAUUACUCGAUGCUAUUCAGGAACAGACCACUUCUAAAUAUUUACCAUAUCGUGCAGCCCUCUGGCCCGAAGAGAAUGUGGCUACAGCAAAAUUUGGUGCAAGAACUAUUCAAGGGGAUUGUCGUGCCGCUUUGUUGGAUGGCGACUGUGCAUCGUAUGAUAUGGAAAAAGGCUAUACGCGCCAUUGUAUUUCAGACAUUAAUGACAGCAGCGGAAUAACUGUAGAACUGGGCACAACCUGUAUUAUCAACCAUAUUAAGAUGCUUCUCUGGGAUCGGGAUAAUCGUUCAUAUUCCUACUUCAUAGAGGUUUCAGCGAAUUCCACCAACUGGGAUCGUGUUAUUGAUUACACCCAGCAUUACUGUCGCUCAUGGCAAUUCUUGUAUUUCCCAGCGCGUCCAGUGCGCUACAUCAAGCUCGUGGGCACACGUAACACUGUGAAUAAAGUAUUUCAUGUUGUUGGUUUGGAGGCGAUGUAUACCGCUUCUAUGCCUAAAGUGAUCAAUGGAAUUGUGGCACCUACUUCGAAUGUUGCACGCACAGAUAUGAGCGCUAUUGUUGUGGACGGUGUGAGUCGUACGCGAAAUGCACUCUUGAAUGGUGAUUUUGUAAAUUAUGAUUGGGACUCAGGCUACACCUGUCAUCAAUUGGGUAGCGGUGAAAUUGUUGUUAGAUUAGGGCAACCUUACGUUAUUGGCUCAAUGCGUUUGCUGUUAUGGGAUUGUGAUGAUCGCACUUAUAGUUUUUACAUUGAAACAUCGGUGAAUGGAAAGGACUGGCAUAUCGUUGUCGAUAAACGUAACGAACAAGUGCGCUCAUGGCAAAAUUUCUCUUUCACGCCAAGGCCGAUCGUUUUUAUACGCAUUGUGGGUACACGCAAUACGGCUAAUGAGAUCUUUCAUUGUGUGCACUUAGAGUGUCCCUCACAGGACCCCAACUUUCUACAAAUGGAAAAAGAAGAAGAACAGCAAGGCAAUAGCAAGGCGCUGGACGCUUCGGGUGCCGGUGGUGACAGCAAUGAAAGCUGCGCUAGCACAGCAAGUGUCAGUAGCACAGCAAGCAAUUAUAAUAAUAAUUCAAAUCAGUCGAACGACCAGCAAUUGCCAGAAGUUCUCAUCAAACUAAACAAUGUUUCAGUUGAUGACAAUUAGUUAUGCUAUUUCUAAUGAAAACAGAGCGGACAGUGAGCCGCGUCGGUGCUGUAAGCAUGUCGAAUAACACCACAUAACAUAAAAAAAUGCCAUUAGUGCGACUCACUGUCAUUUUAUUUUACUUUAAAUAUACAUAAUUAAAUAUACGGAACAAAAUUAUAAGAGGUUUGAACGUGGUCGCAAUUAACAAACGGUUGCUUUAGUACAAUAUUUUUUAAUAAGAAAAAUCGGUUGCAAUAUUUUUCAUACAUCAACAUUGUUCAACUUUUAAAUAAUGGAAAUGGCAUAUUAAAAAAAUAGUCUUUGUCAAUCAAUGAAAAUUUAAAUGAAAUCUUAAUUCAGAACGCAUAUCUCUAAUUUGCCACAGUAAA